CUAGAAAGCAGCCCCGGAGGAUGCCGUUUGGUAACUUUCAGCAGCUAAAGGAGAGGAUUCUCUACCCCGCUAAAGACGCCACUCAAAUUGCAAAGUCAUCACUUGGAAGGCCAGUGAUCUACGAUAACUCCUCUCGCCGACAGUAGUACCUACAAUCUACUAGUUGAUGUAAGUCUCUCAACACGGGCAUGCUCCAAUCCCGACUUCGCACCAGUACAUUGGAACUUAAAUUUUGGACUUUGAAAACUAUGUCCUCCUUUUAUCCUAGGAACAUUUCUACCAGUCUCUAAGUGUUAAUGCAUGUAGAGCUGGUUUAUAGCAUGUGUGCACCUCGUGGGACGUCCGUACAUGUUUAGUUUGUCUGGCCGGAUGCUGCUAUUCCUAGAAAUUUGUACAAACCGGAGAGUAUGUGGAUAGGUCGGAAAGGUUGUUACUGAGCGGAAUAUAUUGUGUUUUCUAUGAUAUGGAUAAAUAAAUCCACAAAUAAUUUAAUUACAAGCAACCAGUAAUAAAUAUUUAAUACCCAUUGGAAUCAGCGUUGGCAUAUCACAGUGAUAUUUUGGUUUCCUGUGAUUAUAUGUGGAAGUUUAAAGUAUUAACAUAAUAUAUAUCUGUAGGGUAAGUUCUUGUGAUCUAUUAAUCUCUGGUGAUCCCGGAUUUAACCUCUCACCUCGGAAUGGGAUCCCUGGCAAAGGAAGUUCUCCGCCUGAGAGACUUGAAGAUCUUAAAGAAAAGUGAUGAUGAAAAGGGAUUCGCAAAGUAUGAUGAAUUGGACGAGGUUUACUCGGAAGAAGAAGAAGGAAAGUACACCGGAAGUAGAUUUAAUUUCAACUUCCGGUGCAAUUGCUGCAAGACCUGUUCUUGUGGACAGCGAUAUGUGAUAGCAUUUCUAAGUAGUGUUGGAUUUAUAAUAUCCUUCGGAAUAAGAUGUAACAUGGGUGUGGCAAUAGUUACAAUGACAAAAAACGGGUCAACGGAAGACAAUCAUCUGGUACAGAGGAAACAGCAGCUCGAACACAUGGGAAACAACACUAACAUGACGAUACCACCGCAACUUCCGGAAUUCAACUGGACGCCGGAGACGAUCGGAGUAGUCGAUAGCUCGUUUUUCUGGGGAUAUAUCGUAACGCAGAUUCCCGGCGGCUAUCUCGCCUCUAGAGUUCCUGCCAACAGGAUAUUUGGCUUGGCUAUUGGUGUUUCCGCUUUCCUCAAUCUCUUGUUGCCUGGGGCUGCGCAGGUGCACUAUGGGCUCGUCAUGGCGGUCAGGAUCCUUCAGGGCCUAGUGGAGGGUGUUACAUACCCAGCCUGUCAUGGUAUCUGGAGACACUGGGCUCCCCCGCUAGAGAGGUCCAAGCUUGCUACCAUUUCAUUCUGUGGUUCCUACGCCGGAGCUGUACUUGGAAUGCCACUUUCUGGAAUACUCACUAAACAAUUUGGGUGGCAGUCAGGCUUCUAUGUGUUUGGUGUUCUGGGGAUUAUCUGGUCGAUAAUAUGGUGGUUUUUCUCAUUCGAACGACCAUCUAAAAGUCCAUAUAUCACAAAUGAAGAAAAGAUAUAUAUAGAAACGUCGAUAGGCGAAUCUACAUCAUCAAAGGAUAUGAACACGCCAUGGGUCAGCUUCUUCACCUCCAUGCCCGUGUACGCCAUUAUAGUAGCCAACUUCUGUCGUAGCUGGACUUUCUAUCUUCUCAUCAUUAGUCAGCCCAUGUAUUUUAAUGAAGUUUUUAAGUUUGAUAUCACAAAGAGCGGGUUGAUAUCUGCUUUACCACAUUUAGUGAUGGCCAUUAUUGUCCCGUUCGGAGGACAACUUGCUGACUUCCUUCGUAGGCGGGGCAUUCUUUCAACCACUGUGGUCCGCAAAAUCUUCAACUGUGGAGGAUUUGGGUUGGAGGCGUGUUUCCUCUUAGGAGUGGGUAUUACUAGAAAUACCACUACCGCCAUGGUAUGUCUCACCCUUGCCGUCGGAUCCAGUGGAUUCGCGAUAUCUGGGUUUAACGUGAAUCACCUUGAUAUCGCCCCACGCUAUGCCAGUAUCCUGAUGGGACUGUCCAAUGGUGUGGGCACUCUGGCUGGAAUGUUGUGUCCAAUCUUCACAGAACUACUCACAAAAGGAGCCACUGCGGAUGAGUGGGAGGUCGUCUUCAUCAUUGCAAGUGUCGUCCACUUCCUUGGUAUUACAUUUUACGGAAUCUUCGCCUCUGGUGAGAAACAGCCGUGGGCAGACGCUCCUACAGAAGAUAUGUGGAAACCAGAGGACACCCUGAAGUCAGACGGCUCAGGCAAAAUGUUUUCUUAUGGUGCUUUUGAGGACGACUCAGGAGACAAAGGUGGGGGAGUUGGGGCUCCCACUAUGAACGGGAAGCCUGGUGCCGUAACAAACGGCCAGAUCCCUUACGAUUACGCAGACCAAUAUGAAGGACCUUAUAACGCACACGCGAAAUAUUCAUUCGACGGCCCAAUGUACCAGACCAAGGAGGAGCUUGUACAAGUACAGGCAAAGGACAGAUAUCUGACGGACGAGAGGGAUUUAUGAGGAUUUCCCUCUUAGUUACAUAUAAUCAUUGGUUGUAUAAUUACAAAGGAAAGACGAAAGAUCAAGGACAUGUUUAGCGAAUAUAGUAUAUAUACAUAUAUUUAAACAGUAGUGAAUUGAAUUAUUUCAUUCAAUCAUAAGUCAUCUAUCACUGUAGUUAUAAUGAUUGGAUGCAUGUAGUGCGGUCAUAUAUACACUGUUCUGAAUUAGUUAAAUACAUAAAUAAAUUUCCUCAAAAUGAUUUUAAAAAUUAUACAUUGUACCAAUAAUGAUAUUUUAAAAUAAAUCCAUAAUGGUUUUAGACAAACAGAAUAAUAUAUUUUUAGAAAUUCAUAUGACCAAUGCUUAAUGUACUUAAGUUUGAUAAUCAGCAUAGGAAUUAUACAUAAUAUCUUUAGACAUACCACAUAACACUCUCUAUAUACACACUGGAGGCAUUUCUUAACAUCGAGACCAGCGGGGUACAGUUGACGUUAUUUUGUUAUCAAUAGAAGUUUAAUUUUGUAUUGAUUUACGAUGGUGUUGACGAUCAAGUUAUAAAAAAGUACUUGUCAUAGGGUCCAGAAAUAUAUUAGAUAAUAACAAUCUGAUUGGAAUAAAAUUAUAACGAUGCUAAAGCAUACAUCUAUUUAAACGCUGUUCACAUAAUUGUAGGGGAAACGUAUCAAUUUAUUAGUUACAUUAAUUAUAAACUAUUAUUUGGUUAUGUAGUGAUGUAUAUCACUGAGAUAUGUUUGUUAUAUUUUACCUAUUUACUAUAUACCCUCGUUCCAUUUUUCCUGAUGUCAUGUAGAUUUAUUCUGGGUAUUGUUGAUAUGUGUAACCUCGUAUCGUCAUGGUGACCUAUGAAAUAGGCUUAUACCUGUCCGAAUAUGAGGAUAGAUAUGUAUAUACAUCCCGUCAGGUGUCAAUAUUUAAGAAGCAGUGGUAGAUAUCGUAAACAUCAUAAACAUUAAAGGUACAGUACUUAAUAAUAAUGAACAAUAUACGAAUAUUAUACUGACAGUUGUACGACAUCAGUAUACAUAAUGAACAUAUGUUAAUACGAAAAACGAUGUGAUUCAAACGGCACCACUACCCAUAUAAUGGGGUUUCAUGGCAUUCGAAAUAACUAUUCCUACCAUACAAAUACUUUAAUAUUAUCGCAUUUUGAUUUGGUUUCAUUUGUUUAAUCGUAGAGCCAAAAUAACAUAUUCUUAUCAAUUAAAUUAAACACCCGGUCAUAAAACGCUAGUCAUAUUAGAAAAGAUGACAUUGACAAAAUUUGAUAUUUAAACUAAAUAAACAGAUAAAAGAGAUUGCAGUUAUAGACAAAAGGAUCUACACAUAAAGAAUCAUAAAACAUAAGAACAAAUUAUAACAAGUUUGAAUGUGAAACAUUCCUAUGAUUAUGUCUGUUGAUCUACCUUUCACAUAACAUGAUUAUUUAUUAAAAUGUAUUGUUCGUAUAGAUAGAUAUAUUGUCACAAGAACAUGAUAGACACAGAGUACACCAGUGUCAAAGACACCGGAUUAAGAUAUUAUACAUCUAAGUUUGAGAUAACUUCUAUAAUAUAUUCAUACUAGGAUUGAUAUAUUUGAGUGUGGAUACGCUUUUUAACAUCCAUAUUGUUUUGUGUGGACUCGUCGCUCUGACGGAUUACACUGUUUUAUUAUGGACAUUUGUUAAUAGAAGAAUGACAUUUUAGAAACAUAUUAAUUCAGAACAUCACUUUCGAGAGAUAUGAUUCCUGUUGUAAGUGUUAAACUAUUUCAACAUCAUACACAUUGUAGAUAUGUACGUCGGGACUAACGAUUUUAACCCACUGUGUGAUUGUGUAUGCAGUGCAUGUUGAUAACUUACAAUUCAGAUGUUUUACAAAGUAUACAUUUCAGUGAGGACUAAUGUGCUCUACUGGACAUUCGUUGUUGUUCAUUAUUUAUGUUUUUUUAGUAAUUCAUAUUUUAAUACUUUUUGAAGAUAAUAUUUGUGAGAACAAUAUUGACCUGUUAUACCACGGAGUGAUAUCUUGUUUAUGUUUGUGAUCAUUAUUUCGUUAACCAUAGUAUAACAACAUACUUUAAUAUAUUUGUACUUAGUUACGUUAUUCUGCUACAGUUAUGAUACCGUAAUGAAUCACUGUCCUACAUAGGUACUAUAGAUCUAUAUGUGUUAGAGUAAUACUUUGUAGUUUGAGGAAUAUUAAAUCAGUUGUAUUGGUUAUGCAAAUAUAAUUCGAUAAUUUGACGCAU